CCGCGGAGAUUCGACAAUGCCAGGGUCAGGCUGAGCAGGCGCAGCCAGCUCGUGGGCUCCUGCGAGGUCGAGUCCGAGGGCGCGGGCUUGGACCCCGGAGCCGCGGCGUGAGAGUCCGCGCACCGCGCAUCGCGCGCAUGGAGGCGCCGGGGGACCAAGAGGGCCCACGCCUCCCCAGAGGUGAUGACCCUCCAGGAAAUGCAAGAGAGACACCCAGACAGCUUUCAAGAGAACAGCUCUUUGUACUGAUUUCAGCAGCUUCCAUUAACUUGGGUUCUAUGAUGUGCUAUUCUAUCCUUGGACCCUUUUUCCCCAAGGAGGCUGAAAAGAAAGGAGUCAGCAAUACAGUUACGGGUAUGAUCUUUGGAUGUUACGCUUUGUUUGACUUGCUGGCAUCUUUGGUAUUUGGAAAAUAUCUUGUACAAAUUGGAGCAAAAUUUAUGUUUGUAGCAGGAAUGUUUGUCUCAGGAGGAGUUACAAUUCUCUUUGGUGUAUUGGAUCAAGUUCCAGAAGGACCGAUAUUUAUUGCUAUGUGUUUUCUAGUGAGAGUGGCAGAUGCAGUCAGCUUUGCGGCGGCAAUAACUGCUUCUUUUUCCAUUCUUGUAAAGGCUUUUCCAAAUAAUGUGGCUACGGUGUUGGGAAGUCUUGAGAUUUUUUCUGGACUGGGACUAGUGUUAGGGCCUCCUUUAGGUGGCUUCUUGUAUCAAUCCUUUGGCUAUGAGGUGCCUUUUAUUUUUCUGGGAUGCAUAGUUCUGCUGAUGGUACCACUCAACGUGUACAUUUUACCUAAUUAUGACUCUGAUCCAGGCGAACACUCAUUCUGGAAACUCAUCACUUUACCCAAGGUCGCUCUCAUAGCCUUCGUCAUCAACUCGCUCAGCUCAUGUUUUGGCUUCCUUGAUCCUACUCUGUCUCUCUUUGUCCUGGAGAAGUUUAAUUUACCAGCUGGAUAUGUGGGACUGGUAUUCCUGGGUUUGGCACUAUCCUAUGCCAUUUCUUCACCAUUGUUUGGACUACUGAGUGAUAAAAUACCACAUCUAAGGAAAUGGUUUCUGGUUUGGGGAAACAUAAUCACGGCAGGAUGCUACAUGCUCUUAGGACCUAUCCCAGUCUUGCACAUUAAAAGUCAGCUCUGGCUGCUGGUGCUAAUAUUAGUCCUGAACGGCAUCUCUGCAGGAAUGAGUAUAAUUCCAACUAUCCCGGAAAUCCUCAGUUGUGCGUACGAAAAUGGCUUUGAGGAGGGAUUAAGCACCUUGGGACUCGUGUCAGGUCUCUUCAGUGCAAUGUGGUCAGUUGGUGCUUUUAUAGGACCAACACUGGGUGGGUUCCUGUAUGAGAAAAUUGGUUUUGAAUGGGCAGCUGCUGUCCAAGGCCUUUGGGCUCUAACAAGUGGACUAACGAUGGGCUUGUUUUAUCUGUGGGAGCACUCACGGAGAAGAAGAUCUAAACUCCAAAAUAUCGUGGGCACAGAGGAGGAACGGACUGCCCUCUUACCUGAUGAAAUCUAGGCUUAAGAAUCCUGGAUCGAUACACAUUGGGAGAAGGAUGCUCCUGGCCUUGAACAUCAAAGUUAAAAGGGUUUUCUUAAUAUUACACACAAAACUCCAUGGACUCUAUACCAGUCUCAAUGCAUUUUUGGAUUAUCCUGUGUUGGGCUGUCCUGAAAAGCUGGCAGGCUAAACCAGCCAUAUUUGUAACAUUAAGUAUGAGAAGAGCAGUUGAAAAUCAGCAAAAGUUUGUGUUUUGAGGUGAUCAAAUUUGCCAUUGAAGAGGUUAUUGACUCUCGAUCUCCUGUUUUCUCUGUUUACUUGUUAAGUGCACUAAUUCUGUGAAUGUACCUCUUCUUUAUUAACAGGGAAAUAAAUGAAUUAGUUUGAUAUGCUUAAAAGUAAUAUAAAGAUUACUCAAAAUGUAUAGAAUAAUUACUGUGAAAUCAGUUUUUAAAAGACAUGCUUUCUUUGUGUCCUAAGAUUUUUGUUCUUGUUCAAAAGGCAAAAUUCCUGCCUCCCAUGCAAAAACUCUAUAAAAUUCCCAGGCCCUCAGCUUCUCUAGAAGUUUUGUUUUUGUGAGAGGUAUAAGAAUAACAUUACUUCAGACUCCCCUUUUUGUAACAUACUUUGAAUUAGGAUCUGGAUUUAUAAACAAUGCUUAGUUAACAUUAUCCAUUU